AUGACGAAUACAGUCAUGUCGAAGUUCCUCCAAGGAUCAAUAUUCAGCGUAUCGAAACUUCAUGUCAGAUACUCUUCUACUAGGCCUUUUCUAGUGGCUCCUAGUAUGGCUAACAGUAUAACAACCGACGCUCCACCAAUUAAUCACUCACCUGAACUGGCAAAUGCGAGAAAAUGGCUGCCAAAAAGGUGUGGUUUAAUUACUCGUAAGAAGGGAAUGAUGCCAUAUUUUGAUAAAGCUACUGGUGAAAGAAGCGCCGCGACUAUACUAGAAGUUAAUAAUGUAGAAGUUAUAAUGCAAAGAACUCCAGAAGUCAACGGGUACUUUGCAUGUCAAGUUGGGUACGGAUCAAAGCACUUGUCUAAAGUAAGCAGACAAAUGCUAGGCCAUUUUGCUUCUAAGGUUGUCAACCCUAAAGAGCAUGUGGCAGAAUUUCGAGUUAAAGAUGAAAAGGGAUUAUUACCACCUGGUACAUUAUUGAAGCCGUCAUUUUUCAAAGAAGGGCAAUAUGUCGAUGUUAGGUCAGUCAGCAAAGGCAAGGGAUUUACGGGUGUGAUGAAAAGGUAUGGAUUUAAGGGUCUGAGAGCAUCUCACGGUACAUCUAUUAUGCAUAGACACGGUGGCUCUUACGGCCAAAACCAAGACCCAGGUAGGGUGCUGCCGGGAAGGAAAAUGCCUGGUCAUAUGGGAAAUGAAAAUGUUACUAUCCAAAAUGUCAAAGUUUUGAAAGUUGAUGAUGAAAAUAACGUCAUUUGGGUUAAAGGUUCUGUAGCGGGACCUAAAAAUACUUUCAUUAAGAUUCAAGAUGCAAUUAAAAAGAUUUGA